AUGGGAGGUAAAAAAUCCCCAGGACCAGAUGGUUUUACAGGCUUAUUUUACCAAAAACAUUGGGAUAUUGUGGGUGAAGCUGUUGUUGAUAUGACCCAACCCUGCUUCAGAACAGGGCUUAAACCCUUUAUGAAUAACAUCAUAUCCCAAAACCAAAGUGCCUUCAUACCUAAAAGGAGUAUUUCUGAUAAUAUUCUCCUUGCUAAUGAAGCCAUAUAUUCUGUAAAUCAUAAUGACAAAGUUGAGGGCACUGCUGCCAUUAAACUUGAUAUGUCAAAAGCUUAUGAUAAAUUGGAAUGUCCUACUGGUUUCUUUCAACCUGAGAGAGGUCUAAGGCAAGGGGAUCCUUUAUCCCCUUACCUAUACAUCAUCUGUGUUGAGGCUCUAUCUUCUUACAUAGAUAGUCUCCAAAGAAAUGGAACUCUUAAGGGUAUCAAAAUUUGUAAAAAUGCUCCAGAAAUGACUCAUCUACUGUUUGCUGAUGAUUCUCUUCUUUUCUCUUAUGAUACUACUGAAAAUUUUACUGUUAUAAAAGGUUAUCUUCAAAAGUACUGCCUUGCCUCUGGGCAGGAAAUUAAUUUUGAUAAAUCUGGUAUUCUUUUUAGUAGGAAAAUCCCUGAACAUAGGAAAACCCAUUUAGCUAAUAUUCUGGAUAUCCAAAGCAGAGAUUUGGGUGAGAAGUACCUUGGUACUCCUACUAUUUUCAAAUCUUAUAAAAUCCAAACCCAUAUGGGCAUCCUUCAGGUUGUGGAUGCCAGAAUAACUGUUUGGCUUCACAAGCUCCUCUCUCAGGCUGCUAGAACCACUUUGGUGAAACAUAUUGGCCAAGAUAUCCCCUUGUACCAGAUGUGGGCUUUUCUCAUCCCAAAGCACCUCUGCAGACAGAUGGAUGCCCAUUUCUGCAAAUUCUGGUGGGGAGAAUCUCUUGACCCAAAAGAUAGAAUGCUCCAUAUUUUGGGUUGGGAUACUCUGUGCUCCCCUAAAUCUGAAGGUGGUUUGGGCUUCAGGAAAUAUGAGCUAAAUAAUCUUGCCAUGUUAGCUAGGAAUGCUUGGAAAAUUAUUGAAAACCCUGAUUGCAUGCUGGCUAAGAUUUUAAAAGACCCUAGCAUAAAAGUUGAUUACUUCAUUGAUAACCAUACUAGAACAUGGAAUGUUUCUAGACUCUCUACCCACUUUGAUGAUGCUUCUGUUAAGAAGAUCGUCAUUAUUCCCUUAAGCCAGCAUUGCACUCCUGACAGGAGGGCUUGGGACCUAUCGAAGAAUGGUAAAUUUUCUUCAAAAUCCGCUUACUUGGGCCUCAGAGGCAUUAAUACCUCUCCGUGUAAGACUCUUUGGUUACAUAUCUGGAAGAUUAGAGUUCCUCACAGAAUUCAACUCUUCAUUUUGAAAGCUGCUAAAAAUGCUCUUCCAGCUAGAACUGUCCUUCAUACCAGAAUGCCCAUGCAUUCUGUUGAUUGUGCCAGAUGCAAGGAUCCUCAUGAAACAUUAUGCAUACUUUGGUUCUGUGUCCUUUUGCUUCUAAGAUUGCCUGAUGAUGCUCAACAGCUUUUUGUUGCUAUCCUGUGGUCCCUUUGGACCAGUAGAAAUAACUUGGUCUUUCAAAAUGUGUCUGAAAAUCAUAAGUCUGUCAUAGAAAAAGCUAGGAUCAAAUGUAACAUUGAUGGAGCUUUUGAUGACAUCUCUGGAGAUAAUGGUGCAGGAUAUGUGAUGAGAAAUUCUACUAGUAAAGCCUCUUUCUGUGCUGCCAUGGUUUUUGAAGUUUCGUCUGCAGAAGAAGCUGAAGCCAGAGCCAUCUGGAGAGUUCUCAAGAAAGCAGUGGAACAUAAGAUGACCCAUAUCAUCAUUGAAAGUGAUGCUAAGAAGCUGAUGGAACAGUUCUCUUUGGGUUCUUUUGAUGGUGAUUCUAGGACUGAUGCCAUAUUUAAAGACAUUCAGUUAUUUGCCUCUAAUUUAAUAACUUGUAUCUUUAAUUUUCAACCUAGAAUCUGUAAUACCGUUGCUCAUGAGUUAGAUCAAUGGACUAAACGUAAGAAAACUUCUAUGUACUGGUCUAUGCCUCCUGCUUGGCUAACUCCAACAGUUUAG